AUGGCCUCAAACGCAGCCCAGGUCCAAGGAGUGAGCCAAAGUGCCCAUAGCUAUUGCAAAUGUACUUGAUAUUGACGUUCCUAUAGCCUCCUUACCCACCGACCACCGCUGGUCCAGGCGGUGUUCCAUCGAUCAUUCCGAAUGUUCCCAUCCUUGCGAUACUCCUAUGUUUAUACAUCGGAGCCGCUGUCGGCCACAUGGCGACCCUUCAAAUCAACCUUCGGCGACACCGACACAAGUUUCUGAUCUCUGGUGCGCUUUUUGGUUUCUGCAUAUCUCGCAUCACAACAUGCAGUCUUCGAAUUAGCUCGGCGGUCCAGCCCGACAACGUGUCCCUAUCUAUCGCGGCGAACAUCUUCGUCAAUGCAGGAAUCCUGAUCCUCUACAUUGUCAACCUGAUCUUCCUGCAGCGCAUCGUUCGAGCGAGAAGACCAGAAGUCGGUUGGCACAGGAUCCCAAGGAUACUAUGCAAGGUAUUCUAUGGCCUUGUGGCUUUGGCACUGGUGCUGUUGAUCACGUUCAUCGUGCUGAGCUUCUACACGCUGGACGCUGGAUUCAAGCGAGUCGCACGGGACAUCCAGAUCGCCUGCCUGACUUACUUCCUGAUCAUCGCCGCCCUCCCGCUGUUCGUCCUUGCACUCAUCUUCGUCAUUCCCGAAUCGCCUCGGGCGGAGACAUUCGGUCAAGGAAGCAUGCGCACAAAGGCCCUCAUCCUAGCAUUCGCAACAACCCUCUGCACUCUCAACGCAGGCUUCAAAGCUGGCAUCACAUGGGCUCCACCGCGACCUCUCUCGGACCCGGCUUGGUACCAGAAGAAGGCAGCUUUCUAUGUCUUCUACUUCGGGUUGGAGAUCAUCAUCGUGUACUUGUUCCUGGCUGCGAGAGUAGAUCGACGUUUCCAUGUCCCAGAUGGCAGCAGCACGAAUAUCACAUAUGCCGCUCAGUCACUGGAAUCCAUGGAAUCCAGGCCCGACACUGGGACAACGCAGGAGGAAGGCCGGGCGCCGGAGAUGCAGCAAUCUGGGCCUGCGCAGAAUUACUGA